AUGCAAUUACCUGUGCAGCAGCACUCCAAGGGCUUCUGCUUGGAGAACAGCGCACAAGAAGCCGUGACUCCUGGCCGCCACACCGAGCGCCACGGCACGGAGCCCGGCUACACCCCUACCGCCGCCGCCAUGACGGGCGAGCCUGGCGUUGCGGUUGAGCACGAGCGUGUGCGCGUGGAGGGCGGGCCCAUGGCCGGCCCCGAGGGUCUGGGCGCUGCCGGCACGGGCAUGGGCGCCGGCGCCGGCGCCGGAGCCGGCCUGGGUGGUGGCGCGCCGCUGGCCGCGGGCGUCGGCGCGGGGAUGGGCCCCGGCGAGGGCCUCGCGGCGCACGAGGGGGUUGGCGAGAGGGCCGCGCACGCGGCAGAGCGCGCGGCGGGCCGCGCCGAGGCGGCCGUCGGCCCGGAGUUCUGGGUGAAGCUCACGCGCGCAUGA